GCCACCAAACACAAAAGAACCAAAUUUGGUACCUCCUCCGACUGGUUUGGCAAGGUCUGGCAGAAAAUCACAGUAUAGAGAACGAAAAGAGAGAAUGAGUAUUGUUCAAACCGCAAUUAAAGAGUACAACGAUCUUGUCUGCAUCCCUGACGACAAUGAUGAAAUUCAGCCAUCAGACCAGGAACACCAACCUGAACAAAUUCAAAUUGUUCUACCAGUUGCUGAGAGACUGAAGAAGCUUGUCCGCACCAAAGUUCAAAUUGAAAGUUUUGCCCCAGUUCAAUUCAGGAAUGUGAGUUGCCAGGUGUCGCCAGAUGCAAAUAAUAUGGGGUGCCAGACAAAGACAUACUUCAGAUCAGAAUCGGUGCAGUGUACGCUUAUUGGUGACCAGUUCGUCCACAUGCCUGCUGAUCUACCAACUCAAACUGACACCAGCAGCAGUGCAGAAGCCACACCCAUGCCUUUAACCCAUCCUCCAGCACCAAUUCCCACCACUCCACCUCCCACACCAAGUAGCCCGACUGUACCAUUGUCAUCAACACCAAAUCCAAAGAGGAAACGAAAUGAAAGUUUCACUGAUGCUGAUUUGGACCAGUCCUUUUCUUUCAUUGACUGCCAGAAGAAGGAUCCUACUUGGAACCCUAAUAUGUCUUUUGGAGAACAUGAUGAAUCCUACAACAGCCCCGAUAAUGGUGACAGUGAGUUUGUGAAGUUGUAUGUUGUUUCGGAGAAGAAGCUCUUGCACCUCUUUAAGAUCUGCCAGAAGUGUGGACAUAGUGGAGCAGAGGCAAAUGUUGCUUCAAUGAAUGGCACUCUUGUCACCAUUUCUCAGCAUUGUCUGAGUUGUGAUGAAAAUACAAGAUGGAGUAGCCAGGAAAUGAUUGGGACUUAUCCCUCUGGCAACAUUUCUCUAUCCACGGCACUUCUUUGUUCUGGCAGUAUUCCCAGCAAAGCUGUCAGAAUGUUAAAGUUUUGGGGUGUACAGGGCUUUACUAUUCCGACAUUCAUCAUGCAUCAGCGCAAAUUCCUAAACCAGGCUGUCCGCAACUGCUGGGAGGAUGAAUACAUCCGUGUACUGUCUAAGCUUGACGAUGGUGUCCAACUUUCUGGUGAUGCCAGGUGCGACUCCAUGGGGCACUGCGCCAAAUACGGGAGCUACACUCUGCACAACACAACGGACAAUGUUAUAGUGUGCACAGAGCUUGUGGUGUCGACUGAACCUGACACAAAAAAGAGUGCAGCGAUGGAAGUCUUAGGACUCUCACGCGCUCUGGAUUUCCUUGACGCAGCACUGCCACACCUAAAAAUUGAGUUGACUACCGAUGGUCACACAGGCGUAGCCAAACAUGUACGGGAAGAAUGGCCUGGCAAGGUAACCCACUACCUUGACAUAUGGCAUGUGGCAAAAGGCAUAAAGAAAAGGCUCGCGAGUUUGGCAAAAAAGACACCAGAUGUGAAAUGUUGGCAGAGGAGCAUAAUAAACCAUUUGUAUUGGAGUGCAGUGACUAGUAACCAUGAUGGUAGCCUGAUAGUUGCAAAAUGGUCCUCACUGGCAAACCACAUUGUCAACAAGCACGAUCACGAAAAUGAGUUGUUUCCAAGGUGUGCUCAUGGAGCAAUUACCCCAAGACGCUGGCUUCAUCCAGCUUCAGAAGUAUAUGACAUACUAUGUCGGCAAAUUCUACAGAACAAGGUCAUCUUGAAAGCUGUUUCAAGGUUGAGUUCAGAUGGUCAAACAUCUGGACUCGAAGGUUUCCACAGUACAGUAAACCAUUUUGCACCAAAAAUGUACCACUUUGGGUACCAGGGGAUGAAAAGCAGGCUAGAAAUGGCUGCAAUCCACUUCAAUGAAAAUGGCGGGAAAAAUCAGAAGAAAACUCGUGAUGGAAACCUGUCCUACAACAUCAGGUACCCCAAAAGCCGUGGAGGCCAGUACAUUGUGGUGCCAGUUAUGAACAACCCAACAUAUGGAUAUGUCGAUACAGUCCGAACAGAAGUUUUCCAACUUGUCAGGAGUGGGCAAACAUAUGAAAUCAAUGAUGACCCCCCUUCACUUUGUUCAGGACAUGCACGCCCAGCAUCAAAAGACAUUGCCAUUGCUGAACAUCGAGCACAUGCACGUUUCAAGAACACACAAAACUAGAUAGUGCAAAUUAUGAUAGUGACAUUCUUAUUUCCUUCUUGAUGACAAGCACGAGUUACAUCAUUUGACAGAGACUGAAUCCAUAUUAUAUUAAGCAAUGUUUGGAAUAGACGAAACUGUUUGAAAAUGCAUGUACAAAGUAUUGUUUGUAGUAUUGUUUGAACAAAUUGCCAACUAAGUGUUAUGUGCUGCUGAAGCUGAUGCUUAAAAUAACAGAUCCCUUUUAUAUAACACACACAGAAUUCUGAACUCGCCCAUUGUGGUCAUUGCUUUUACUCAAUGUCUAUGGCAUCUUGGAAUCCAACAAAUUGAAAAUUUUCUUCAA